UUCACCUUAAAUGCUUCCAUAUUCAUGGGUGGACAGCACAUGGAAUAAAGCAAGUUUCCAAAGUCAUAGUAUAGAUUGAAAAGCCUAUGUUGUUCACUUGGAUGAUUGGGGUCCUUUUCGUUCCCAUCUUGUAUUUGCUGACUUAUUCCCAGCCUGGUAUUCAGUUAUUCGGUCCUUGUGAGUGAUAAUAUUGGAGGCACUCCAAAUAAGUUCUUCAUCAGCCAAUUGCAUAUAACAGCUACCGAUGGCAUACCAAGCGCUGAAGCUAAAUGGUUGGAGAUACAAGUGAUUCUGAUGAUGAAACUUGUCUUAGCAUAUGCAUAUUAGUUGGCAAGUCAAGUUGUGCAACUUACCAAGUACUGCUCCACCGCAUCAUCAAGAUUUUCCAUGGUCUUCUCAGCAUUCACUUUGGAGCGAUACUUAAUUUGUGCUUGAUACAUCUUUCCUCGAAUCCAGUAAAUGUUAAAAUACACAGCUAUACAUGGGAGUACCCAUUUGAAUGUAGAAGGUCAGCGUUAUGUUACUGACAUUGUUGAA